UCUUGCGGUUUACGUCGACGUCGCCGACCGGAAGUGAACGAAACCGUCGCGUGCAGAGGGUCACAUUGGACACACAUCAAUGUUUCAUAAUAAUAAAACAAUCUAAUCACUAAUAACAGUAUCUGAGGUGUAAAUGGAUCCGUCUAAAGCAGAGGAGCCGCAGCUGAGACACGUGGAGAAAGAUGUGUUGAUUCCUAAGUUGAUGCGGGAGAAAGCCAAAGAGAGAUGCUCUCAACAUGUGGACGCGUUCAAUCGCUGCUGUAAGGACAGUGGUUUCUUCAUGGUGUUCAAGUGUCAGGAGGAGAACGCCGCUCUGAAAGAGUGUCUGACACAACAUUAUCAGGAUCCGGCGUUCUUCGAAGAGUGCAAGCAGGAGUAUCUCCGAGAGAAACAGGAAUACCAACAGACCGGGAUUCCAGCCAAGAACAGGAAGCAGAAGCUUCCCACCAGCAUGUAGACGGACGGGAUGAAGAACACUGCAGCGAGGAAGAGGAUGAUGGACUCAUUUCUGGCCGUUUGUGGAGACGCGGUUGUCUCUGAUGGACGUUCUCUCUGUGUCUGUUGGUUUAUAUUCAUGAUUAGCUCUUAUAAAUCAUCUCUUGCACCUAAAGCCUAAUAAAAAUUCAUAGAGGAUGUUUUUGAAUCACAUCAGAUGCGUAUCGUCCCAGCGACCCUCGGGAAUUACUGCCACAGAAGAAGGUUUUUGUUUGUUUGUUUGAAAACAGGAGUUAUUCAUGAUGCUCCUGUUCAGAUGAUUCUCAAUCAGUUCGUGCUUGAACGGAAGUUCCUUUUUUUAAAAUUCAGAAUAUAAUUAGAUCAAUAACUGGUGAUAUUGUGACAUUUUUAUCAAAUAUUUUAAAAUAUAUAUAUAGAAUUUGAGGUCAGUGAGAUUUAAUGUUUUUAAGAAGUUGCUUCUGCUCACCAAGACUGCAUUUAUUUGAUCAAAGCUAUAGUGAAAUAUUAAUUUUAAAACAUCAGUUUUCUGUGUGAAUCUGUGUUCAAGUGUAAUUUAUUUCGGUAUUUUCAGCAUCAUUUCUUCAGUGUCACAUGAUCUUCAGAAAUCAUGAAAAUAUGAUUUACUGCUACAUACAUUUUUCCAUUAAUAUUGGAAACCGUGAUGCAGUUCGUUUAUCAGGAUUCACAGAUGAAUAUAAAGUUCAAAAGAACAGCGUUUAUAUGAAAACUUUUAAAGAAAUCUUCUAUAAUUUUAAACUGCUUACUGCAUCCUUGAAUGAAAGUCGUAAUUUAUAAUCUUUCUGAAAUUAUAAUGUUAAUUUUUUAUGAAAAUGCAAACUCAAAGUGAAAGUAUCAAAUGUGAUCCUCAAUAAAGCUUGAAAUAUUCAUAGCUUUUCAUCUGGA